UGAAGCACCAGACCAAAGCAGUCGUUCACCGAGGUGCUAUCCCAACGUUAACCGCCUGCUAGCCAAAGUCAUGGCGCUACUCAAGCAAAGUUGUUGCGUAGCGGGUCGUUUCUCCACAAACCACCUAUGGCUGAGUCCCAGAUGCAUCCCACACGUUUACACCAGCUGCUUAUCAACCAGACCCUCCCCGGAGAGAAGUGACAGAAAGAAGGAGCUGCUCAGAGACGACGGGCCUGACCUGCAAGACUUUAUUUCAGGGGAAUUAUCUGAAAAAAGCAAGUGGGCUGAGUACAAAGGCACCCUGAAGAGACAGAAGGGAGAGAGGCUGCGGCUUCCUCCAUGGUUGAAGACUGAGAUCCCCAUUGGAAAGAAUUACAACAGGCUGAAGAACACCCUGAGAGAUCUCAACCUUCACACGGUGUGUGAGGAGGCCAGGUGUCCGAACAUCGGGGAAUGCUGGGGAGGAGGAGAGUAUGCCACAGCCACAGCCACCAUCAUGCUGAUGGGAGACACAUGCACCCGUGGGUGCAGGUUUUGCUCAGUAAAGACAGCACGUCAGCCUCCGCCUCUUGACCCUGACGAGCCGUACAACACAGCCAAAGCCAUCGCCGCCUGGGGACUGGAUUACGUGGUCCUCACCUCGGUCGACAGAGACGAUAUUGCUGAUGGUGGAGCGGAGCACUUUGCUAAGACGGUUACUAACCUGAAAGAAAGAAAUCCUCAGAUUCUGGUUGAAUGCCUGACUCCUGAUUUCCGUGGAGACCUGGCAGCGGUGGAAAAGAUCGCCCUGUCGGGAUUAGACGUGUACGCCCACAAUGUGGAAACGGUGCGCGAGCUACAAAGGCAUGUACGUGAUCCCAGAGCAAACUUUGAUCAGUCUCUGAGCGUCCUGAAGCACGCUAAAAAGGUCAAACCGACGGUGCUCACCAAGACCUCCAUCAUGCUGGGGCUCGGAGAGACUGACCAACAGAUCAUCAGCACUAUGACGGAGUUGCGAGAGGCAGAAGUGGACUGUCUAACACUCGGGCAGUACAUGCAGCCGACCAAACGCCACCUAAAGGUGGAGGAAUAUGUCACUCCAGAGAGGUUUGCCCACUGGGAAAAAGUUGGCAGUGAUAUGGGCUUCACCUACACAGCCAGCGGACCACUGGUGCGAUCCUCCUACAAAGCAGGCGAAUUCUUCUUAAAGAAUCUACUGAAGAAGAGGGAAACAGAAGCAGCAGAAUGAGGAGCCUGCUGUGUGCGUUCAGCUGUACGCAGUGACAAAAUGAGCUUCGUCCAUCUGUAACGUAAUGCACCGAUUUAAAGUACAGCACAGGAAACAUGUUUAAUAUUAGUACAAUGUUUGUGGGAGGCAUUAAAUAAAGCUACAGAAGUGACAAUAACAGACUUGUAAGUACAGGGACCAUACUCUAACUGCUGCUCUGUGUUCCCUGAGAAAAAGCCAGAGGGCUGCAUUUUAAAGAGACUAUCAAAGAACAAACAGCAGACACGUUGGGUAACCCGAGUGUCCACCAACUCGCCCAGCUGUCAGGAGCAGAGGCUGUAAUUUGCUUCCGCUCCUUGGGGAUUCCUAAAUCCCAUCCCUCGUCUCAGUGAACUUUGGGUUUAUAAAAAUAAAAAAAAAAGCUAUGUUGAGACAACGCCGGUCUCUGCGAUUCUUUUGGUCCUGGUAGAGAUCACGCUGAGAUGUUUCCAUGUUUUACACAAUCCUUUUAUUACCCAUUAUUCUUACAGAUGCAUCUGGAGAUCAGCACACUGCAGUCCUAUGCUAAAGGCUGAUCUAAAGAACUCCACACAACAGUUACAGUUAUAACCUCUGGUCUCCUCCCCCCUACAGUAAACACCCCCACAAUGGAAAUACACUAGUGCAGUGGCCAAGGGUGCUGACACCCUGACCCCAUCUCCUUUUAAGGUAGUGUCCCUUUGCCUGCCCCUCACCCUCAGUAAUUCUUGCUUCCUGGCCCAGGUUGAUUGUCCUCCUGCCCUGCACCCCAGUUCUUUGUUCCCAUUCCAGGCCUUCUUACACCCAUUAACGGCCAUAUUGUAAUAUUACAAUCAAUCCCAAACUAUAUUCUCUUUAACUAUGAUGUAUAUUAAGGAAUCUAUUCUCAACAGCUACUGACCUUUAACAGUGGGCUCUGUUCACGAUCACCUUGUUGUGGAAGUUUUCGAUUAAAUAAAGCCUACAGACGAGCAGUAGCUAACACUUUUUAAUCCAAACACACAAAGACAACAGACAACCAAGUUGGCGGAGAGCCUGCAUGACCGCGGGGCAGACGGUCAGCAGAGUCUCCCUGAGCCUAGCAUGGCUCCCAGUUAAAUACCUUCUUCAGGAACAAAAGGCAGUACG